GCGGACUCAGCGCCUUCAAAGCGACGCGCUGUUUCACCGCACGCUGAUUUAAAAGACGAUCGCGAACUUAACGGCGAUUCAACACCGCGGCUCUAAGCCGGGGAGCGCUGUGAUUGGCCGUCGCGCCGAUGACGUCAGCUCAAGACGAAGAAGAGCGAGAGAGAGAGGAGAAAAAAAAUCCUCGUCGGCGUGACUCCCGUCGUAUCUCCGCCACUCGAUGCACACACGGAUUCGGUAAAUAACCCCUCGGACCGUCGCCGCUUCUCCGGCCCAAACUCAUGGCAACACCCGGAUGACGGAGUGACCCGGAUUCCUGCCGUUCGUUCGCCUCGCGGUAAAGUAGUUGGUUCAGUGGUUUUUAAGAGCGGCGCGUGAACCGAAAUCCAGACUUUGGGGCUUUGCCUCGUCCGCCGGAGUUCAGGAUGAACUUCGAUCCGGUGCUCGGAAAACUUUGGGUGUUGAUGGCGUUGCUGUCUUUUGGGCUGACCGGUUGCUCAGCGGAGCUCAGUCCAUCAUCUCAGUGGUCCAGCGAUGACUACAGAAACCAGACUCUCAAUCGACCGCGAGUAUGUGUGGAGAACCAGCAAUACCUCUUCCAGGGACUCUGCUGCCUCAAUUGCCAAGCUGGUACAUUUGUGCAGAAGGCGUGUGAACGAGACCUGGACUACGGACAGUGUCUUCCCUGCGAGCACGGCCAGACCUACACGGAGCACUCCAACGGGAUGAACCGCUGCCUGCCCUGCACCCACUGCCGCACAGAUGAGAUUGAAACUACAUCCUGUACCAGCACCUCGGAUACCAAGUGCCAAUGCAAAUCAGGAACGUUCUGUGUUCCAGAUCAGGCUUGUGAGGUCUGCAAGCGUUGUGCCAGGUGUAAAGCUGGGGAGGAAGUGGUGAAGAAAUGCACCUCCAUUUCCAAUACGGUGUGUAGGAAACGGGACCUAUCUCCCACCCAAAAUUCCCCUACCCUCCCUACACCUGCCUCCAGCUCUCCAGGGACCAUAGUUAUUCUUCCGGUGGUCAUCAUCGCUGUCGGCAUCAUCACUGCACUGGCUGCAUGGUGGUUUAAAGUUAAGCAGCAUUCGUGUAAGAAAUUAUGUUCCAGGAGUCAUUGUGAUUCCAGUGAAAUUGUGAAGAUUCCAAUUGACGAGAGCGGGCCGACGGCGGAAGAGAGACAGAAUAAUCAGAAUGCGGGCCUGGAGGGCGAGGAGUCUCGACCGGAAUCACGGCCGCUUCUGCAGGAAUCCCAAGCUGGGAUGAGUAAGGCUUCGCCUCCUCUUGAGGAUGAGGACAGGGGACUGGGGGACAGCUUGCCCAACACGACCAGCUCCUCUCAAACUAGCCUGUCAGCGCUGCCGACAGCAGCCUCUUCCGGCAACUCUCCACACCACAGCCCUUCUGCCCAGAGGCUCCAGCCUUCAGCUAUGGAUGAUCCCUUGCAGAACCGGUUGGUGCCACUGCUAGGAUCAGAAAAGUCCCUGAGAAAGAGCUUCGAUCUGUUUGACGAGUACCUGGAUGUGAGGAUCCACAACAAGUUUUUUAGAAUGAUAGGAGUCAGUGACAACCACAUCCGGAUCGCAGAGAGCGCACCUCCUGGCGACAAGGUGUAUGACUUGCUGAAGAACUGGAUGCAAAGAGAGGGACUAAAAGCCGAUAUCAACAACCUCUUAGAUGCCUUACUAAGCUUGGACCAGCGGAGAUCGGCAGAGAGCAUUGCCUUCGCAGCGCUCCAGAAAGGCUACUACAAGCAUUCAGACACACCCUGAUAGCCCCUAACCUCGGGGACUGCGGAUGAAGUGAAACGUACUUAUUUUAUUAAAACCUAAAGCACAUAGACACUGUUGUUGACAUUGUCUCUCAAGACCAGGCUUACCUCUUAUUGGCUGAAACAGCCAUGUAUUCAAAAGCCAGUAGUUUUGAAAACAGAGAAAAAAGAAAAGAAAGAAAAAGGGGAAGGGUGAGUUGCGAUGAUCAUUGCUUUAAGGAUGAGACUAAUUCCAAAAUGAUCAGGGUUUAAAAUCAGGAACAAAAAUGUCAUUUUGGCCAAAAAUUUCAAUGUCAUCCCGAACAAGGCAAUGAAGCUUCAAAUACAAAAAACAAAAAAAAAAAUCUUAAGUUAAGGAGUAGUUUAGAUGUAAGGUAUCAACUUCCACAAGCUGAAAUGAAAUGUUCUUAAGUCUAAUAUAAAUAUUUAGCCAUAUAAGCUUCGAAGUCUUUCAGCUGGUGUAGCUCGCCCUGUCCUCAAUCCAGAUAUUUUGGCGAUGGGGAUGCCAAUUACACUACUUUGAGACAAAGAUAUACACUGGUUUGUAGGCGUGACAUCAGCAAUAUCACUGAUACUGUGCCUUCUUAAUGCACUGACCUCUGGCACACGUAAGAUUUAGCGCUACAGUUACACAUGUUAUUGUUAUCAUUAUUAUUAUUAUUAUUAUAGUUACAUAGGAUGCCCUGACUCGAUAACGCCAUGUCAGUCAUACAAUGCCGUCAGACAUGAACACUGCAGUGUAGACGAUUUAUAUCGAGGAGGGUCACUAUGCAGGCUUACUAAUGAUUUUUUUUUUUACGUCUUUGCCGCAAAUUGUCAUCUGAAUAUGACAUGUUUGGUAUAGAACAUAAUCAUCGUUCCAUGAUUUGUCACAUCGUUUUAUUAGUAGUGGUACAAAAGUGCCAUAGAUUUUUUUUUGUUUUUGUUAAUCUGAGUCAAGGAGUUUUUGUUUUUUCACGUGGCAGAUAAAUGAAUCCGUCUUCAUUAUUUAGUAUUCUAUAUGCUCAGUGUUAAUGCUCACAUAAAACAUUUUAGAAGGAAUUUCAGUAUAGCUGUGCCUCUGUUAUUAGGUUAGAAAAGUGUUUCCACGAUGUUUCCAUGUAAUAUGGAGAGAUUCAACGGUCCUUCAUUUUAUUUAUUGACAUAUUUAUUUAAAUGAAUCAUAAUUUUGUGUCAUUAUUUAUACACUUACCAAUACAACCCUGGAAAACAAGAUAGCACAUUGUUUUGUGUUAUUUUUGUGUUUUAUCUGCAGGGCUAAAUGACUAAGAUCAAAUUGAAGGCUGCAUUUGAAAUUAAAUGUUUUGUUAAACUCUACUGCUGAUUGCUGUACAGGGUUCAGUGCAGCAAUCGGUCUCCAUGGUAACCAGGUUUCGUGUGCCAUUUCUUCACAAUUGGGUUAUCAUGAGCAUCCACUGUUACCACAAUCAUUGCUAAGUUAGUUUUGUGUCACUGAAGUCGGCAUGUGACAGGGAUGUCGGGGUCGCGGUGACAAGUUUCUUAGGAAAAGAGGGCUGGUCUGUUGAGUUCAGCUACUUUAACUCAACCAGCCAACCGAGUCAUCCCUCUGUGCGUGUCCUUGUUGACAUGGUGUGAAGGUACUGAAAGUUUUCAUUUGGACAGGUGCAAAUAAGAUGAAGGAAACCUUUUCUGGAUAUAGAAAGUUCAGUUCUCUUUCCCUGAUAGUACUGUUUGUAGAUAUAUUUCCAGAGAGCAUAUAUGCCUCACAAAAUAAAUAUGUAUAUAUGCAAAUCUCAACACACCGUAAUACAUAGUGAGAUUAUGAAGUUUAUGUGCGCAAACAGCCAAUAGCGGACGUUGAUGAUGUUCUGGCUGUAGGCAUUUAAACUAGGUUUUGCCCUUUAUCUGCAGUGAACUGACUACACUUUUAUAUAUAGAUGAAAAAUAUAUAUAAAUAUAUAUAUUUUAUAGCUGAGCAAGGCUUCAGUGCUGGCACUGCCAUCUAUUGACAGGUAAUGAGAAAACAUCCUGCAUCAGUUUCUAUGAAUGCUUAUUAAUUUUUUUCCUCUUAACAUGUUUUCUUGACUUAACAGCCUGUUUACUAUCAAAAAAAAGGCUUAUGGACUUUUCUAUAUGAAGUGGUUGAAGGUAUACCGAUAAUUUGGCAUCUAUGCAUAUGUUUUGUUUACUUUAUGGCAGUGAAUGUGUGUGUAUGGGUCAAAAAAAAUUUUUUUUUUAUCAUUUCUGUGUUUUUACCUUCACAUAUUUCAAUGCAAGUCCCAGCCUGUUCAUUUUUUCCUCUAAUAGCUUUAUGACUCAUUGUAAAAAAUGUCCAGUGCAUCUUUAUUUACACAAUUUCUGCUUUGUUAUUUGUUCGCUUGUCAAUGAUUUCAGAUACAAAUACAACAAGGUCGUGUAUUUGUCCAAGUCAAUUUCAAAUAAAUAUUUUGUACAGUU